AUGGAUCUGGAAGAGCACGGGAGGGACCGCGUCGCAAAUGGUAGACAGCUAAAGCGGCACUCCUUCCAUUCCUCCAAUUUCCCCUGCCCCGCGCGUCUCACCGCCGACCACACCCCAAACCCUAGCCCUACCGCCGCCGCCGCCGCCGCCGACCCGCGGAUGUUCCCACCGGGAUCAAACGCCGAGGACGACCAUGUCCCCGGCCGCCGGAAGUACAACCCCUACCAGGACCUCAACGUCCCCCACAACUACAAGAACCUCUACGAUCUGCCCACGUCGCCGGAGUUCCUCUUCCAGGAGGAGUCCGCGGUGCAGCGCCGCUCCUGGGGCGAGAACCUCACCUACUACACGGGCAUCGGGUACCUCUCGGGCGCCGUGGGCGGCGCCGCCCUCGGCCUCCGCCAGGCCGCCGCCGGCGCGGAGCCCGGGGACACCGCCAAGAUCCGCGCCAACCGCUUGCUCAACGCCUGCGGCAGCUCCGGCCGCCGCUACGGCAACAGGGUCGGGGUCAUCGGCCUGAUGUACGCCGGGAUGGAGAGCGGCAUGGUCGAGGUGCGCGACCGCGACGACUGGAUCAACAGCGUCGUCGCCGGGCUCGGCACCGGCGCGCUCUUCCGCGCCGCCAACGGGCCGCGAUCCGCCGCCGUCGCGGGCGCCGUCGGCGGGGUCCUCGCUGCGGCCGCCUUGGCUGGCAAGCAGCUCGCCAAGCGAUAUGUACCGGCAAUAUGACUGCAUCUCCGUAUCUCUUCCUGUUCGCUCAGAUCUGGUGAUCAGAUCAAUCCGUCGCCAAGAAUGAAUCCUUGUUCGUUUGUAAU